GCUAUGACUUUCAGAUUCAGACCCUUUGGGCUUAGCAGACAGUUAUUUUCUGCUCCUUCUACAUUAAAUGCUACGAGACAAUGCCGCGGUUCGGCUGGGCGCUCAUAUUCGACCUCCGAUCGCCUUCCAAAGAUCGCAGACACAUCAGUAUGGACGGCGAUGAUUCCCCGAUUUCUUCGGGGUGGUCGAGCGCGCAAAGAUCCUGCGAAAGAGAAAUCUAAAGAAUGGAAUCCGGCGACGUUCUACAUCAUCAUAUUCACUCUGAUCGGCUCACAGGCCAUUCGCAUGCUCACUUUGAAGAACGGUUACGCGGCAUAUACUCGGACGACGGAUGCGAAGAUCGAGCUUCUAGCGGAGAUUAUUUCACGAGUCAAGAUUGGAGAGAAAGUCGAUGUGGAGAAGUUGCUGGGGACGGGCGAUGAGGCAAAGGAACGAGAGUGGGACGAAGUACUGCGCGAGAUUGAAGCUGAGGAUUCCCUGUGGCAUGAGAAGAAGACCGCCCAGUCGCAAGCAGAGAAGCGCGAGGUGUCCGAGAAAGAACAAACACAACCCAAACAGCCCUUGGAAGAGAAGCGCACCGAGGAGGUCGCUAAGACAGAGUCGCCACGAAAGCUUAGAUUCUAUUGA